AUGGAUCCCUCGCUCUUCUCGACUCCCUCUCUAGAUCACAUAUCUCCAGAAGAUUACUUGAACAUCUAUGAACCAGACCAAGACUCGUUCCUAUUUCUCGAUGCGCUGGAAAAUGAAUAUUCCUUUCUCAAGCAAUUAGAUCCCACCAUAAUUGUUGAAAUUGGACCUGGUUCGGGAAUUAUUUCGACCUUUCUGACAAGAAUUGUGAACGAAUCCCAUCCUACAGCAACGCUAGCUAUAGAUAUCAACAUGGAUGCGUGUCGAAUCACGCGCGAUACCUACCAUCAAAAUAAGAAUAGGUUGUUUACGGUGAUACAAUCCGUUCCAAUUUGCUUCAAUGCACCCUUCAGAGACUUCAAGUAG